AUUUGGCAAUAAAAAGUAAUUUUGAAAUCCAUCAUGAGUUCAUGUGUUGAAUAGAUUUAGAAUUAUAGGAGUUGUAAUAAUAAAAUAAUGACGACCUCAAGGAAGAUAUCUACAGCAGCUCGUUCCUCUGAAAUAUGGUCCAUAUCAACUGACAUGGACUCUGAUCCUGAGGAGACUGACAAUACGCCACUAGAUCAAUCUUUUGGGAAAAAGAAAAAAAGGACAAUAUACACAGCAGGUCGUCCACCGUGGUAUGACUCAGAAGGACAAGGGAAGGAGGCAUUUGUCAUAGGGCUGGCCGGGGGUAGCGCCUCUGGCAAGACGACGGUUGCUAAGAAGAUCAUAGAGUCACUCAAUGUUGAUUGGGUGGGGCUAUUGUCAAUGGAUUCAUUUUAUAAAGUUCUGACGCCCGAGCAACAUGAAGCAGCUGCUAGGAAUGCGUAUGAUUUUGAUCAUCCCGAUGCGUUUGAUUUCGAGUUGAUGGCAACGACAUUGAGAAAUUUAAAAAAUGGGAAGAGAGUUGAUGUGCCAGUGUAUGAUUUUGCUACCCACAGUAGAGCUAAAUACUCAAGGACCAUGUAUGGUGCUAAUGUCAUAUUGUUUGAGGGAAUAUUGAGUUUAGUGAAUAAAGAACUGAGAGAGCUAAUGGACUUAAGAAUAUUUGUCGAUACGGACUCUGACAUAAGACUGGCGAGGAGAUUAAGGAGGGACAUAGCUGAGAGAGGCAGGGACCUGAAAGGAGUGCUGAAACAGUAUAAUACUUACGUGAAACCUGCUUUUCAGCAAUACAUUGAGCCUUCACUGCAAUACGCUCACAUUGUUGUACCAAGAGGAGGAGAGAACACUGUAGCCAUACAACUAAUAGUACAGCAUGUCAAGGACAGGCUACACCAGAGAGGUUUUGAUGUCAGAUCAAAGUUGUUAUCAGAGCAGGCGUCAGUAGAUCAUGACUCACUUAAGAUAUUACCAGAGACAAAGCAAGUCUGUGGAAUGCACACUAUAAUAAGGAAUAAGGACAGCAAUAGAGAUGAUUUUGUAUUCAUGACAAAUCGUUUAGCUUGCCUUGUGAUUGAGUACUCGCUGUCUUUCUUACCAUUCGAAGAUUACACUAUUGAUACACCUCAAGGUGUACCUUAUAAUGGAAAGAAAUUCACUGGAAAAUUGUGUGGUGUGACUAUUUUAAGAGCUGGUGAGGUUUUAGAGCCAGCCCUGAUGUCUGUCUGUAAGGAUGUGACGAUUGGAAAGAUACUAAUUCAAACGAACGACCAAACUGAAAACCCUGAACUUCAUUUCCUGCGUCUGCCUGGUGAUAUUUCCAGCUCCCAUGUCAUCCUGAUGGACGCUACAGUGGCCACUGGUGCCGCAGCCAUCAUGGCAAUAAGAGUCCUACUGGAUCAUGAUGUCCCUCAGGAGAGGAUCCUCUUUGUAUCGAUCAUUGCCUCUAAGCUAGGCAUACAGAAUGUUGCUUACGCUUUUCCUCAAAUUAAAAUAAUCACAACUGCUCUUGAUCCGACCGUCAACGACUCCUACCAUAUACUACCAGGCGUUGGUAAUUAUGGUGAUCGGUACUUCGGAACGGGAUCUUCUGAUUAAAGAACCUUCCAAUUUUGAAUCACAAAUUUAAUUUUGUUUUAUAGUGUACGUUAAUCAUGUUUGUUUGAUGAAACAAUAAACGCCCACGAUUGGGCGUGGCUCAAA